GCAUCAUACCGUGCUCUAUCGUUUCUCGCGUCCUCCUCGUCUCCUCCACCGUCCGCUCCCUAGAUCUCGAUCCAGCCAAAAUGAUGGGCUCGGAGACGCCGGAGGGGCUUCCGACCGCCGGUGCCGGAGCCAGAGCCGGAGUCGGAGACGGCACGGGAGGAGAUGGAGACCCUUGCUCUUGCUGACGAUGAUCCCUCUCCACUGUCCCCGCCAACGCCGACCCUCUACUCUCGCCUCUCGUCUCCCUCCUACUCCCCUUCGUCCGCGUUCCUUGAUCCCCCAUCCUACGCCGAUGUCGUCUUCGCGCCAUUCGACUCGCAGAAUGGCGCCGCGUCCUCCGUUGGAUCCCCGUCGCUCUCCCGUGAACCCUCCUCGCGUUCGGAACGCCGGUCUCCGGCUGAGUACUCGAAGAUCACCGUUUCUGACCCCCAGAAGGAGCAGGAACCCACCGCUAACUCCCUUGUCCCCGGCGCUGGCUCCUUCGUUACCUACCUCAUUACUUCCCGCUUGCUUGACCCGCCGGUUUCCGAGCCGAUUGAGAUCAGCGUGCGACGACGGUUCCGGGAUGUGGUUACACUGUCGGACCGUCUGGCGGAGGCGUUUCGAGGGUUUUUCAUCCCGCCCCGGCCUGAUAAGAAUGUCGUCGAGAGCCAGGUUAUGCAGAAGCAGGAGUUUUUAGAGCAGCGCCGAUCAGCGCUUGAGAAGUACUUAUGGAGGCUCGCGAGCCAUCCGGUGAUCGGGAGGAGUGAUGAGCUCAGAGCAUUUCUGAGGGUGCAGGGGAGGAUGCCGCUGUCUCCAAGCACGGACGUCGCGUCGCGGAUGUUGGAUGGGGCGGUGAGGUUGCCGAAGCAGCUUUUUGGGGAGCCCGGUGGAAGUUUUGUGGCGCCGCAGGAGGUGGUGCAGCCGGCGAAAGGGGGCAGGGAUUUGUUGAGGAUUUUCAAGGAGUUGAGGCAGUCGGUGACGAAUGAUUGGGCUGGGGUGAAGCCAUUGGUGGUGGAGGAGGACAAGGAGUUUUUGGAGAGGAAGGAGAAGGUGCAGGAUCUGGAGCAGCAGCUUAGUGCUGCAUCUCAGCAGGCUGAAGCACUUGUUAAAGCUCAGCAGGAUAUUGGUGAAACUAUGGGAGAGUUAGGACUCGCAUUUAUUAAACUUACAAAAUUUGAAACUGAAGAAGCAAUUUAUGAUUCUCAAAGAAUUCGAGCUGCUGAUGCUAAAUGUGUGGCAACUGCUGCUGUUAAAGCAAGUAGAUUGUAUCGAGAAUUAAAUGCACAGACGGUCAAACAUCUGGAUACUCUGCAUGAAUAUCUUGGGUUAAUGCUAGCUGUUCACGGUGCUUUCUCAGAUCGCGCCAGUGCGUUGUUGACAAUACAGACCCUUAUGUCAGAUUUAACUUCCCUGCAUGCAAGAACAGAAAAACUUGAAGCUGCAUCCUCAAAAAUCUUUGGAGGUGACAGGGCAAGAAUCCGUAAAGUAGAGGAACUGAAAGAAACAAUAAGGGUCAAUGAAGAUGCGAAAAGUUGUGCUUUGAGAGAGUAUGAGAGGAUCAAGGAAAACAAUAAGACUGAACUUGAGAGGCUAGACAAAGAGAUGCAUGAAGAUUUUCUCGGAAUGUUGAAAGGCUUUGUGAUAAAUCAGGUGGGAUAUUCGGAGAAGAUAUCCAGUGUAUGGGAAAAAGUAGCAGACGAAACAAGCAGAUAUGCCAGAGACAGCACUUCACUGUAGUAAAUGUAGAUUUGAGUUUGAUAGUCUUCUACGUGCAUGUACAUUAACUUGUAGUAGAAAAAUGGCCCCCAAAAAUAAUCAGGUUUUGAUUGUGCUUAUCAUCAGCUCAUACCCCCUGUUGCUGUUUUUAUACAGUUACUGAAUGUUUGUUUAUUUAAAGCUAGGCCCUGUUUUCAUUGUUGAUGUGGUAUGAGUAAUGAGUUGCACGCUGAGGAAUGAUAAUUUUGAUGAUGGUUAUAAUGGUUGUCA